UAUGGGUUCGAUUCUGGCUUCGGCACCACGGGAUUAUGUGAGAACGAAAUAAAUUGAAACCACGAUGACGAACUCGAAGAUUUUGAUAUUUUGGUGCGCGGCUCUCAUACAGGCUGCGCACUGUGCGGAGGAACAUCAUGGCUAUGAAACGCAUUCAGAGGUGACGAUGGAAACCGACAUGACUCGGGGCCGCCGCGGUGUUAUUGAAGAGGAGAAAUUCUACAACAUUCGCACCGAAAAUAAUCACGAGGCCAACCAACCCUGGCUGCCCGGCCCUCCCGAGGACCCCACUACGAAAAUAUCCAUCACGAACGAGAACGCCAAAGAGGUUCUUCCUUUGUAUCAGACCACAGAAAGAGUUACCGAUAAACCUACUGGCAGAGGUGCCAGAGCAUCCAACGACAACUGGAUAAAACUGCCUUUUCCAGGCCGUGAAGAGGACGACAGAGACGACAUCCUCACGCCCCCGCAACCAUCAGGAGAACUCAUCAACUCCCGCAUGCCUCGAGUAAACUUCGUUACACAAAACAAACCUUUAGAAGCAUCUGAAUCGAGAAACGACAAGGAAGCCAUUCAGAGAGUAACAAGGACCGACGAUGUUCGAGACAUACGAACAGACUUCGUCAGGCCAGGCGAGGACGAGCGAGCUAAGUUGUAUAAGCCAGUGUACCCGCGGCAGGCAGUAUACUACCCGCAAGAAUCCCGGCGACCCUACUACAACGAACGGUACCCCGCUUACCCGGCCUACCCCGCUGAUGAUUUGUAUCGACGCGAUCCUUAUUACGACGGUUACGACAGAAGGAGUAUGCCUAGGUUUAUCCCUGCACCAUAUGGCCCUAAAGUCGAUCGAUACGAUGAACCUUACAACAACUACGUACCACGAAAACCGAAGAGAAUAAUCUACUACACCCAUCUCCCUGAAGUCGUCAGGACGCCUCCUAGCGUAGAUUUGAGAUACAGGUACUCUGUAGACCCUUACAGGCGGCCGUAUGAUGACGAUAUCUAUGCAAGAAACGGCAGGUAUGACUAUAGAUUCAGAAACAAAUAUCAAUACGCACCUUUAAGGAAGGAAGAAAGGAAUUAUAGAGAUUUGGCUGGAGCUGGUACGACAGCAAAAGAUAAGAAAGCCGAAGAGAAAGUGACAACGACUCCAAUCCUUCCAGAAAAAGAAGACAAGUAUAAGAAACCUGCAGAUUACAACCGGAACGUGAACAGGAAUCUGAUAAACAGUCACCAGUACCACGACGGCGUGAACUAUAAUGAGCCGGUGUCUCACAAGGCCUUCCAGGACGUGGUGAGACAGGACGACACCUACUUACGGUACGAUGAACCAUUGUUCCAAGGCACCGUGGAAGACCCGUACCAAAGAAAAUACUAAUUGAAAGUGACUUUGU